AUGGGAUGUUUAGGCAGUUUUAUAGAAGCAUUAAUUGAGUAUGAAACACAGAAAGUGGUACAAGUUCAUUCAAAGAAAAUCGGAGUCACAUUCAGACUCAUUCAAUUGGGAAUUAUUCUCUAUGUUGUAUUAUGGGUUAUGAUCUAUGAAAAGGGUUAUCAAUCAUUCGAUCAAGCAGUAAGUGGAGUGACUGCUAAAUUGAAAGGUGUCGCUUUUGCCAAUGUGACAAACAAUCCAUCACUCGGAGCUACUGUGUGGGAUGCAGCUGAUUACGUGAUACCACCACAACAGAAUUCAGCAUUCUUUGUGAUGACCAAUUUAAUCUAUACACCUGGACAAAUGUUAGGACGUUGUGAAGAGUCUCAUGAUGUGUUUGGUAAUAGUUGUCACAAUGAUUCACAAUGUCAUGCUGGACAGUUGGUUCAACGUGGAAGUGGAAUACAGACAGGAAAAUGUGUGAAUUCUACAAGACAAUCGAAUUUGCGUGUAUGUGAAAUAUACGGUUGGUGUCCUACUGAAUUUGAUAGCACUCCUAGACCGCACUUAUUGUCAUCAGCUGAAAAUUUCACUGUAAUACUGAAGAACAGUAUCGAAUUUCCACGUUAUCGAAUAAAGCGCAGGAAUAUACUAAAAUGGAUGAAUAGUUUAUUUUUAAAAACAUGUUUGUAUAAUCCAAAUGAUGAUAAAAUGAAAUAUUGUCCGAUUUUUCGACUUGGUGAUAUACUGAAAUAUUCAGAUCCAGUGAAUAAAGAUAUAUGGGAAACUGGUGGUAUGGUUUCCAUUCAUAUUGAAUGGAAUUGUAAUUUAGACUUUGAUGAGGAGAAGUGUUUACCGAAAUAUGUGUUUCGUCGAUUGGACGACUUUCAGAGUAAUAUAGCGAAGGGAUGGAAUUUUCGAUUGAGUCAACAUUAUCUUGAUGGUGGUGUACGUAAACGUAAUUUGAUUAAAGCGUAUGGUAUACAAUUUUUCAUCACAGUGUAUGGAACUGGUGGUAAGUUUAAUAUAUUAACAUUUUCAAUGAAUUUGGGUUCUGGAUUAGCACUGCUUGGUAUAGCCACAGUUCUAUGUGAUAUGAUUAUAUUGAAUACAACCAGAAAACGUGGUGUAUAUCGUAAGGCGAAAAUCGAUUAUGUAGCAAAACGCCGUAAACAGCAGAAAGAAGAGUUGAGGAAUAAAAUUAAGGAAAAACGUUCCGACUCAUUGCAAAACAAUGGUAAUAAAGAGUUUCAUUUGAAACGUCUACCUAGAAAUUAUCAUUCUAAUGAAAUCAAUACUAAUAAAAAGCAUUCUCAUGUUGAAAAUAGUUUAGUACUCUGUGAUCCUGUUUCACAUUCUAUAUGGUCAGAUGAUUAUAAAUGCAAUAAGCAAACAAUGGAUAAGAGUUAUUCACUUGUGUCGGGUAGUGAGCAAUUUUUGUUAAACCAACCAAGUUUUCUUGGAUUUCACCAUGCGCCGUCACUAUCCUUAUCACAAAUUGUCAGUAACAAAAAAGUGUCAAAACGUGGCAACAAAUCUGAUCCUGUAAUUAAUAAUUUAAAUCAGUGUUUCACUUCUGCUCCUUAUGGAGGUGAGAAUAAUGCGUUAAUCACUGAUAAAACUUGUACAACAGUUGCACGUUCGAAACAUGUUCACUGUGAUCCUCAAUUAACACAUUUGUCAACAUUUAAAAAAGAAUCAAAUUCGAAAAUUACUUAUAGCGAAGUGGAAUUAUUGAAAAGCAUUCCAACAUUACCAAAGUGUUGUACAUUUUUUACAAAACCAGAAAUAAAUUCACAACAAAGUUUUCAUAUAUCACCUAAAAAAUAGACUGGAAAAACUAUUUAUUUGGUAUGAGAAACAAGAAAAUAAAGAUUUUU